AUGCUCGGCAAAACGGAAGUAGAAGAGCUCGCUCUGACCGCCUGUUGUCAACCCAUUCGAGCACCAUCCAUAGCUCCCGUCAUAUCAGGGCUUGCUUUCACAGCAGAUAAUGAUGGAUAUCUCACGAUGAUAAAGAAUGAGAAAAGAUUCAAGAGUGGGCAAAAUGCUCCAUAUCUACCGCCAAAGAAACAAGGGCAGCUGCAGGUGGGACAUUCAUUGCCCCUCUUGUCGAACAAUAGGCCUCAGUCUUCACUAGCGUUCGACUACGCUAUCCAAAAAAAUAAAAAAUGGAGGUAUAACAAGAGUAGUGCCUAA